AUGGCACCAACACACCAGAAGGACUGCACAAAAGGGAAUAUCGUCUCACCAGUCUCUACAGGCGACCACAGACCAGCUCAAUCAGGACAACCCAAAAAAGUGAGCAGCCCCCCACAACCAGCAGUGGCGGCAAUCUGCCAGCGACGGAAGAGAACUGUCUAUAAUCCAACCCAAUUGGAUAUCCUUGAGAGAUAUUUCAAGAGCAACAUGUAUCCAGAUAUCCAUCAUCGGGAACAGCUAGCUAAACAAAUGUUCCUACCAGAGUCAAGGAUCCAGGUUUGGUUCCAGAACAGAAGAGCCAAGGCCAGACGAAAGGGAGUCAAGUCUACUCCCCAUCAUUCUGCUGAAGACCAUUUUUCUAACAUCUUAGGAGACAAGUACUUGUAUUCUUCAACAUCCGCUCCUCAUCUAUCUAUGGUCCACCAGCAGCCAAUGGUUCCUCCCCAACAGCAGAUGCAACCGAUCGGGAACACGGAGGAAGACUUCUUUAAUCAGAGUGCGGAUUACCUUGGAUAUCCUCAAUACUCAUGUAUGGUAUCUAGACAGAGGGUAAUGAUGAAACAGACCUCGUCUAGAGUUUACCACCAGAACAUGUCAUCUAACAUCUCAAUGGGGAACCAACAUUUCUACAACAAUAUGGCCUCUGUUAUGGGUGUCAAUAGCCAAGGUAUGGACUUAGGAAGAGGGCACGUCCAAAUGCCAAUGCAAAACAACUAUGCCAUGGACUACCCCAGUUUCCAACGCAACAAGACCAUUCCAUGUGAGAUGAAUGGGAAUAUCCCAGCCACCCAGGUCUCCACAGGAGCCUCAUGUACCGGACUCAGUGGUUUUCCUGCUAAUAUCCCUUACCACAUAUCGGCCGUUCAGACUGACAUUUGCAAGAAAAGUUCCCACAUCUCAGAUUCUGGAGUUAGCGACCGAUCCACUGAGUAUGGAUCAGACUGGGAUGAAGAUCUCACAUCCGUUCUCAAUAGUUUGUAG